AUGGCCACCACGUUCAAGCUCAACACCGGCGCAGAGAUCCCUGCUGUUGGAUUCGGUACCUGGCAGGACGCCGAUGCUCAGGAGAAUGCCGUUCUCGAAGCCAUCAAGGCCGGCUACCGUCACAUCGAUACCGCCCGAGUAUACGGCACUGAGAAGGCCGUCGGCCAAGCCAUCAAGAAGAGCGGCGUUCCCCGCGAAGAGCUCUUCGUCACCACCAAGCUCUGGAACAACAAGCACCACCCCGACGAUGUCCCCCAGGCGCUUCAGGACUCGCUCAACGACCUGCAGCUCGACUACAUUGACCUCUUCUUGAUCCACUGGCCCGUUGCGUGGAAGCGUGGCGACGAGCUGUUCCCCAAGGAGAACGAUAAACCCGUUGUGGAGGACAUUGACUACGUCGACACAUACAAGGCUAUGGAGAAGCUCCUCUCCACCGGCAAGGUCAAGGCCAUCGGAGUGUCCAACUUCUCCAAGGCCGAGAUGGAGCGCCUGCUCAAGGAGACCUCCGUCGUGCCCGCCGCCCACCAGCUCGAAAGCCACCCCUGGUUGCAGCAGCCCGACUUCGCCGAAUGGCACAAGUCCAAGGGCAUCCACAUCACCCACUACUCGCCCUUCGGUAACCAGAACGAGCUCUACUCCAAGGAGGGUACCAUCGGCAAGUUGAUCGAGGACCCCGUCCUGGUCGACAUCGGCAAGAAGUACAACAAGAGUGGCGCUCAGGUCGCACUGGCCUGGGGUAUCACACAGGGUCACUCCGUCCUCCCCAAGUCCAAGACCCCAUCCCGAAUCCAGGCCAACCUGGAGGGAGACUUCAAGCUGAGCGACGAAGACAUGCAGAAGAUCCGCGGCAUCGACCGCAAGCUCCGCUUCAACGACAGCAGCGCCGACUUCGGUAAAGAUUUCUUCACCGACUUGGAUGGCAAGAAAUAA